GAACUUUCUUUCAGAUUCCACAGAGCAGGCUGGAGCCCCUAAAAGCGAUCGUCCAGUACAGACUGCCAGUGAAGAACUGCAACAAUUUGUACUCUUGGGAUGAUUUCAUGGAACUUGGCGGAAGCAUCCCUGACACCCAACUGGAACAGGUCAUCCAGAGCCAGAAGGCGAAUCAGUGUGCCGUGCUCAUCUACACUUCGGGGACCACAGGCAUACCCAAGGGAGUGAUGCUCAGUCAUGACAAUAUCACGUGGACAGCAGGAGCAGUGGCAAAGGACUUGAAACUGACAGAAAAGCAUGAGAUGGUGGUCAGCUACCUCCCACUCAGCCACAUUGCAGCACAGAUGAUGGACAUCUGGGUACCCAUAAAGAUCGGAGCGCUCACAUACUUUGCUCAACCAGAUGCUCUCAAGGGCACCUUGAUAAAUACUCUAAAGGAGGUAAAGCCUACUGUCUUCUUGGGAGUGCCCCGAAUUUGGGAGAAGAUGCAAGUGGAAGUGAAGAAAAAUAGUGCCAGGUUCACAGGCUUGAGUAAGAAGGUAUUUGUGUGGGCAAGAAACAUUGGCUUCAAGGUCAACUCAAAAAAGAUGUUGGGGAAACAUAAUAUUCCCAUGAGCUACCGCAUGGCUAAGACUAUCGUGUUCAGCAAAGUGAAGAUGUCCCUUGGCUUGGAUCACUGUCACUCUUUUAUCAGCGGGGCUGCACCCCUCAACCAAGAGACUGCCGAGUUCUUUCUAAGCUUGGACAUACCUAUAGGUGAAUUGUAUGGGUUGAGUGAGAGCUCAGGACCCCACACAAUAUCCCACCAGAAUAACUACAGGCUUCUAAGCUGCGGCAAGAUCUUGAGUGGGUGUAAGAACAUGCUGUUCCAGCAGAACAAGGAUGGCAUUGGGGAGAUCUGCCUCUGGGGCAGGCACAUCUUCAUGGGCUAUCUGGAAAGGGAGACUGAAACUACAGAGGCCAUUGAUGAGGAAGGCUGGCUACACUCUGGGGAUCUGGGCCAGCUGGACAGUCUGGGUUUCCUCUAUGUCACUGGCCGCAUCAAAGAAAUCCUUAUCACUGCCGGUGCUGAAAAUGUGGCCCCCAUUCCCAUUGAGACCUUGGUUAAGAAGAAGAUCCCGAUCAUCAGUAACGCCAUGUUAGUAGGAGAUAAACUGAAGUUUUUGACCAUGUUGCUGACGCUGAAGUGUGAGAUCAAUCAGAUGAGCGGAGAACCUCUGGACAAUCUGACCUCGGAGGCCAUCGACUUCUGUCGGGAUCUGGGUAGCUGGGCAUCUACCGUGACUGACAUUGUGAAGCGGAAAGACUCCCUGAUCUACAAGGCUAUCCAGGAAGGCAUCAAUGACGUGAACCAGGAAGCCACAAGCAAUGCGCAGAAGAUUCAAAAGUGGGUCAUCUUGGAGAAGGACUUUUCCAUCUAUGGUGGAGAGUUGGGUCCAAUGAUGAAACUUAAGAGACAUUUUAUAGCCCAGAAAUACAAAAAACAAAUUGAUCAAAUGUACCACUGACUGCUUUGAUGGAGCUGCUCUCAGCUGUCCUGAUGCCUUUGGCAGGAAGACCUCAUUGCAAUAAGUGAAGUGCUGCUCUGGAUAGAAGCUCUCCCUCCUGUAUUUCAGAAGCCACAUUCUUUAUUGGUCAGUUUCUUGACUGUUCAUCUGUUGAAGAGGUGCUCCCUAGAAGAA